AUGUCUAAAUCCUUCACCAGCAAGAAGAAGACCAAGCUGGUUAUUCCCGACGACUUGGGCUCGACUAAUGCCUGCGCACACGAACCUUUGUAUGGUGAUGACCCCAAGGUCGAGUCCCAGUCCGAUCAAGUCAUCGUGCGCAGCGACGCCCCAUCUGAGCAGACGAAGCAGUGGAAAUGGCCUGACUUUCUCUUGACUCACCCACGCAACAACGUCUUUUCGGACUCUUCCAAGCCCAAGUCCAAAUCAACAUCUGCGCAACGCUUCAAGCACAAGCUCAAGACCGUGGCUCUGCUUCCAGGAAUGCUUCGUCUUCCCGUGGAGAUUCGCAACCAAAUCUAUGGCUACCUCUUCCACCAGCAACUCAUCACCAUCAAGCAGAAUGAUGCUUGGCCUUACCAGAAGGGAAGCCCCCUCGUCGAUGCUAUCACAGAGUACCGUGAGCCCGAUCGUCCCAGAGCCAUCAAGGCUAUCAGAAUCGUCACCACCGCCGUCAAGAACAAGGUGACUCCUGAACAGUUCCAGCGCAAGAUGAUGAAGGCCAGAGGUGUCUCCUAUGAUGGCAUUCCUGGCCAAAAGCCUCUGCCUCUCGAAGGCGUCAAGUGGGAGACUUCUCUCAAUAACCUCCUGCUCACAUGCAAGACUCUCUACGCCGAAACUGGCCCGAUUCUCUACGGUAUUACAGUCUUCUACUUCGACGAUGCUCAACGCCUGAGAGCCUUCCUCAAGACCGUCUCCGACAGAAACCUUGCUUGCAUCACCAAGCUGCACAUCCAUGUUCGUACCUACGGCAUUCCUAACAAGGCCGCCGACAACGUCUGGUUUCAGGAGCACGUCGACUGCUGGACCAAGAUCUUCGCCAAAGUUGCCAAGAAGAUGACCAACCUCCGCACAUUGAGAGUCACCUUGACCAUGAGAAAUGUCACCGACGGUCUGAAGUAUGCCUUUAGACCUACUCAGAACAACACCGACUGGAGAAGACGCGCAGGUUACAUGCUCAUGCUCCGUCCCGUUUCGACCUUGAACAAGCUUGAGGACUUGCGCGUGUCGAUCAAGGCUACAGACAACAUCAUGGCCCAGUACGAUGAGAUGCUUCCUCUCCUGAUUUACAGAUACUGGGAGCUCGCCAACGUCAACCCUAUCCCUCAUGUCGAGACCAAAGUCAUGGACACCCACCGCAAAUUCUUCGAGGACAUGCAAAACGGACUUGAACAGGCCAUGACAGAAGUUGCACGUUCCAAGAACGUCAACGAGUCCUUUGCUCCUGUGUGCCUUGUCACCCGCGCAUACAUGGAGUAUCUGAUGGACCCUAUUGGACACGUGCUGAUCAAGCACUUCCCCCCCAAUAAAUGA